UUAAUAAAAAGAAAUGAAGUAGUAAUACAACAAUGAAAACACCACAUCCCCAACCCCAUCACCAAUACCAACAACAAUAGCAAUAGCAGCAGCCUCAGUGUUGGCCUUUGUCAUUGAUUUUCGAUUUCCGUGUCAAGCAAGCAUCCAUUUCUAAUCCACAACCCACUCCCUCAAACGCCAUUUUCCUUUCAGCUUUCUUAACCGAUGGGCAAUACCAAUCCCAUUCUCCUCUUCUUUUCUUUUUUCCCUUAUCACUAGUAUUAUUACUAUUAUUACUAGCCUCAACUCUCCCACCCCAACUCCCUUCACUCUCUGCUUUCCUUCUAUUCUAUCUUUACUUCUCUUAUAAUCAUCUUUUUUCUUCGUCUGUCAAACCUAACUUUUUCUCACUCGAUUUCUUUCAGCAUAAAGAUAAGAUCUUUUUGGUGGGUUUCGGGAAUUUUUUGUGGGUUUUUUGAAAAUUGAGGCUUUUUCCGCUUCAUUUCGUUUCUGGGUUUUGUUCUUUUUUUUUUUCUUUUUGCUGGCGAGGAUGGGGCAGGAGUUAGUGGCUGUGGCGGUGGCACCAUCAUCAUCAACGACGGCCGUUCUGGGAGGAGGAAUUGGCGGGUCGCCUGUGGGUGCGCCACCGCCGACUUCUUUGGCUCCUGGGUUCAGGUUUCAUCCAACAGAUGAGGAGUUGGUCAGGUACUAUUUGAGGAGGAAGGCUUGUGGGAAGCCCUUUAGGUUCCAAGCUGUUUGUGAGAUCGAUGUCUACAAAUCUGAGCCUUGGGAGCUCGCAAGUUAUUCUUCCUUGAAAACGCGAGAUCUUGAGUGGUACUUUUUCAGCCCUGUUGACAGAAAGUAUGGUAAUGGUUCUCGACUGAACCGUGCUACUGGGAAGGGAUACUGGAAAGCAACUGGUAAGGAUCGUCCUGUGCGUCACAAGUCUCAGACAAUUGGGAUGAAGAAAACGCUUGUUUUUCAUAGUGGACGAGCCCCUGAUGGCAAGAGGACAAACUGGGUAAUGCAUGAGUAUAGACUUGUGGAUGAAGAAUUGGAGAAAGCUGGAGUGGCACAGGAUGUAUUUGUGCUUUGUAGAAUUUUUCAAAAGAGUGGUCUAGGGCCACCAAAUGGUGACCGUUAUGCUCCAUUUGUCGAGGAGGAAUGGGAUGAUGAUACAGCUCUCCUGAUUCCUGGAGGAGAGGCUGAGGAUGAUAUGGCCAAUGGUGAUGAAGCAAGGGUGGAUUGCAAUGACCUCACCCCGGAUAUUAAUAAGACACCUCGCGUUAUUGAGCAUCCAAGUGAGCCCCAAGGAAUACCAUUUAUUUGCAAGAGGGAGAGGUCAGAGGAUCCAGAGCCUCUUUCUUUAGGACAGAAUAAAAGGUCGAAGCAAGAUGACCCUAACUCCAGCCAUGCCAAUGGUUCGGAAGAUUCAACUACUACUAGUCAGGAUCCUCCUCCAACGAUGAUGACGACAAAUUUUUCAUCUGCCCUUUUGGAAUUUCCUUUACUAGAAUCCGUCGAACCUAAAGAAACCCAGCCUGCCAGCACAGCUACAUUUGACUCGUCAAAUCUUGAGAAAUCUGUGCCGCCUGGAUAUUUAAAAUUCAUCAGUAACUUAGAGAAUGAGAUCCUAAAUGUCUCCAUGGAGAGGGAGACUCUAAAGAUUGAAGUGAUGCGUGCCCAAGCCAUGAUUAACAUACUUCAAUCACGCAUCGAUCUUUUGAACAAGGAGAAUGAAGACUUGAGGAGACUUGUUCGAGGAGGCUAGGCAUUUGGGUUAAGUAGUAAGUACCUGUAGUUUUGUAGUUUCCGGCUAGAAGUGUUGCUGCAAUUUUCUCAAGUGGCAUCUGAUCUUCGGAACAAGGAAGAUUAGUUGAAGAGUCAUUUGAGAUGCCUAGCAGUUUGUUGCACCGCUGUAAUCUUCUUCUAUAGUUGCUUUCAGUAUGCUGAACAAAUGUACCUUAGUUAGUUAUCGUACUCUGCCUUUCUAAAUAAUUUAUUUAAAAUAAAAGUCCAAUUUUCAGCUCCGUUUUUUGGAGGAAA